UCGGGCGAGUUUUGCACUGAAAAUUGUAGCACAAGACUCAGAGAGGGCAAUCGUAGUUGAAAAUUGAAAGCGUUGUGGGUUUUGUGUUGUGUCUUGUGAUUGGGAAUCCAUCGCCGAGAGAAAAUGGUGAAUCGGCGCUUCACUCAGGUGGCGACCAGCGACGAUGAAGACGAAGCGCCACCUCAACAAUCGAAGCAGCUCAAGCGGAAGAGGAUGAAGCUUCUAGAGGAGGACGAGGAUAACGAGAAAACGGAAAUAAUAGAGGAACUAGAACCGCCGCAGCCUCCGGAGGACGCUAAACCCAUUGGUGAUCCCGUUAGGUUUUCUGGAAAAGGAAGAGGAAGGAGGAAGCAUUACGAGUCCUUCGAAUUCGAUGGCAACCAAUAUACACUUGAGGAUCCUGUUCUUCUCGCGCCCGAGGAUAAAGAACAAAAGCCAUAUGUCGCAAUUAUUAAGGACAUUACGCAGUCUUGUAAUGGUAACAUGAUGGUGAUGGGGCAGUGGUUUUAUCGUCCCGAAGAAGCUGAAAGAAAAGGUGGUGGAAGCUGGCAAUCACGUGAUACAAGGGAGCUGUUUUAUAGUUUCCAUCGUGAUGAGGUUCCUGCUGAGUCUGUUAUGCACAAGUGUGUGGUGCAUUUUGUUCCCAUACAUAAACAGCUUCCAAAUCGUAAGCAACAUCCUGGGUUUAUUGUACAAAAGGUUUAUGAUACUAUAGAAAGAAAACUGUGGAGGCUGACCGAUAAGGACUAUGAGGAUAUUAAACAGCAAGAAAUUGAUGAGCUUGUUCAGAAAACUCUAAAACGUAUGGGUGAACUACUUGACAUUGAGCCUGAAGAAGUCCCUGCUGAUCAGGAGGACCUAACGAAAAAUAAAAGAAUCUUAAGGAGAAAGAGCAUGCCAUCCCUUGAUGUCUCAAGGGAGGAGGAAGGAACUCUAAAGAGUGACCAACAUCCAAAGCCCGAAACGCCAGGGAGUUGUGUAAAUAAUGCCUCAGAGUAUUAUCGCAUAUUAGUGAAUUUCAAUGCACUAACUGGAGAUACCCGUCGUGACAAAUGGUUGGAGAGGUUGCUUCAGCAUGUUCAGUAUGUAUGUAAUUCUGAUGAUAGCAUAGAAAAGGACAAGGGAUUAGGAAAUGUCAAUUCUGAUGAAGUCAACAAAAUCAAUAAUGGAAGUUCUGAAAUAGUGAAUGACUGUCAAGACAAGGGUCAGAAGAGUUCCAAGUCUUUUAUCUGGCCAGAUGCUGCUGUUUCAGCCAUAGUUGCUCUCGAAAAAGCUUCAGAUGAUGCUCUUUCAUCAGAUUUUCUGAAGUAUAACCAAAAGUUACGGCAAUUAGAUUUUAAUCUCAAGAACAAUGCACUGCUAGCACGCCGCCUAUUGAAUGGAGAAUUGGAACCUUCAAAAAUUUUAAACAUGACACCCAAUGAAUUGAAGGAGGGUUUGACUGCUGAGGAAAUAACUAAGAAGGAGCCUGAUGAGUCGCAACACAUGCAAAUGACAGAUGCCCGCUGCUCAAGAUGCAUGGAUUGUAAGGUUGGCUUGAGGGAGAUUAUCCAUGCUGGACAUGGUGACCGUUACCAGCUGGAAUGUGUUGCCUGCGGCAAUUCCUGGUAUGCCUCCCGGGAUGAGGUGUCUACGCUGACCAUUGAUGCAUCAGAUUCAAAGAGAAGCAUAGGCACAGCUCCAUGGGCCACUGCAAAAUUUGAAGAUGUUCAGAAGAAGCUGGUGAGCCCCCGUGAAUCUGAAAAGGCAGCUGAUAACAUCUUUAAGAAAACAAGUGAAUCAUAUAUCCCUGUUUUGGACGCCCAGAAAUCAUUUGGCAAGUCCAGGAAAGAUGACAAUAUUGAGGCUUGACAUGCUGAUUAAGCAAAUGUUCUUGGGUUUGUGUAAUGCUUCAAAUAAAUUACUGAUGUUACCUCAGACAUCAUAAGAGUUAUUUACAUCAUAGCAGUAAAUUUCUUUUGACUGCAACUUUGAUUUGCUAGGGUAAACUUUUUUUUUAUCGUUGAUAAACAAAAUAAAAAAUGAAUAA